AUGCAUCAUCAUCCAAUCACAUUACUUUCUCUCCUACUUGGAGCUGCACAGAGCAUCGCAGCUCAUCCGACCGCUCAUGAUGAAAGACGCAGCUCAUCAUCAAUCGGUCUGAGUGCAUCGGUUCCAGAUGAUGCUGCUUUGCCGGUUCUGCAUCCUUUUGUUUCGUUUUCUAUUGAGUUCGCGUUCUUUCCAGAUUUUGCAGGAAACCUGUCACACCCGAAUCUCUUCUCGAAUCAGUUGCUAGACAACCUGGCCGAGUUGCAGGGCGCAAAGCCGUACAUCCGUGUUGGAGGCAACACUCAGUACGUAUCAACUACGCCAUCCUCGAUUCUAGACUUUGCGCUGUAUGAUCCAAAGCUACGAGCAGCCACAAAUGCCACAUACAUUACCAGCAUUUCGACGGAUUACCCGCUGAUUCUAUCGUUCGGUCCCGCCUUCUUCGAGUCGUACUUCACCUGGCCAGGAACAAAGUUCAUCCACGGGUUUAAUCUGGGAAAGAAUAGCUCGUCAGAUAUAGAGCUCAUGCUAGAGUCCGUGCCGCUAGCGUGUAAGGCUUUGGAAGGGGGCAAAUUGGCGUAUUGGGAACUGGGGAAUGAGCCGGAUUUGUACAAGACGUCCGCACAGGGCAUCAGGAGACCGGCAAGCUGGACGGAACAAGAUUAUGUGGAUGAGUGGUUGAACAAGACGGCGCGGAUCGAGAAGAGAUUGGUCGAGGCGUGCCCUGAGCUUGCAGAGUCAAAGUAUAUUGCGCCUUCAUUCGCCGGAGUCACUAACAGCUUGAAUCCUGUGGUGACGUGGGAGAAAGGCCUAGACAAGAGCCGGAACAUUGCCCUCAAUUCCGAGCACAACUACAUCGGUGGCGCCACUCAGCCGGGAGUAACACUGCAGAAUACGCUAAUGAACCAUACUAAGACGGUGGAAAGCGUCGCACAACAGGUCAACGUCUCACGUAUCUUGUCGAAGGACAACCUGACCCCGGGCAUACCCUAUAUUCUGGGCGAGACCAACUCCUUGUAUAACGAGGGCGCGCCUGGACUGUCCAAUUCAUUCGGAGCUGCGCUUUGGGGGGUAGACUUCAACCUUUACUGCGCCUCGCAGAACAUCCGUCGGACCCAUAUGCAUCAGGGAAGUAAUUACAAUUACAUCUCCUGGCAGCCAGUGGGAACCAAUCGUACAACCAUAGGCACGAAGGCGCCGUAUUACGGCAAUGCCAUGGUGGCGGCCAUGCUCCACGGCGGAGACGAUGUCCGAAUUGUCAAUCUCCCGCUGGCCGCGGAUACAGAAGCCGCAUACGCCGCGUAUGUGAAUGAGACUCUGGUCCGAGUGGCUGUCAUCAACUUGGUGGAGUUCAACUACACCUCAACUGAUUCGACAGCGGAGAAAGUGGAGAGCAGACCCAGUGCGAAGUAUACGUUCCAGUUGCCUUCAUCUGAAUCGGUGUACGCCGGCUCGGUUUCAGUGCAGCGGCUGAUGGCGAAUGGCAGCAACGCCAUCACGGGGAUCACCUGGGACGGCUGGUCUUACAAUUACGAGCUGGCGCAGGGUAAGCCAGUUCGAUUGCAGAACGUAACUACUGGAGAGGCGAUCUCGGUGGGCGACGAUGGGGUUGUGAAGAUCGAGAUCCCCUACUCCAGCGCUGCAAUCCUCAGUCUGUGA